AUGGCUGCCGCUAAGGGUAGGUCACUGGAGGAAACGCCGACAUGGGCUGUUGCAGCUGUGUGUGCAAUAUUUGUGAUUAUUUCCAUACUAUUAGAACAUGGAAUUCAUUCCCUUGGAAAGUGGUUUCAAGGACGCCAGAAGAAAGCCAUGAUGGAAGCUUUGGAGAAAAUAAAAGCUGAGCUGAUGCUAAUGGGUUUCAUAUCGUUACUACUUACAGUGGGUACCUAUUACAUUCCAGAAAUAUGCAUCCCUCAAAAGAUAGGAAAUUCGAUGCUUCCAUGCAAACCAAAGUCUGGUUAUGCAGGUAGUAAAGAUAAAGGUAAUGAAGAUCAAGGUAACGACGACGGGGAUGAUGGCAGGAGGAAGUUACUUUCUUAUGAUCAAGAUCUAAUAUGGCGUCGAGUCUUGGCCACUUCCAAGGGAAAAGAUUCUUGCGAUAAAGGUAAGGUUGCCCUGAUUUCACAAAGCGGGAUGCACGACUUGCACAUAUUCAUAUUUGCGCUUGCUGUUUUCCAUGUUCUCUACAGUGUAGCCACAAUCCUACUGGCCAAGGCCAAAAUGAAGAAAUGGAAAGCUUGGGAAUCAGAAACUUCAACCCUAGAGUAUCAAUACACAAACGAUCCUGCAAGAUUCAGAUUCACUCAUCAAACUUCUUUUGUGAAACGUCAUUCUGGUUUCUCGACAACUCCUGGCAUAAAAUGGAUAGUGGCCUUCUUCAGGCAAUUCUUUGGUUCGGUGACCAGGGUGGACUAUCUGACCAUGCGCAAUGGAUUUAUCAACGCACAUUUUGCCCCCAACAGCAAAUUUGACUUCCAUAAAUACAUCAAAAGGUCAAUGGAAGACGAUUUCAAAGUCGUUGUCGGUAUCAGCACCCCUCUAUGGGUUUGUGCUAUCAUCUUCUUGCUUCUAAACGUUUACAAAUGGCAAACUCUCACCUGGUUGUCUUUGAUGCCCCUGUUGAUACUCCUUUUAGUGGGGACAAAGCUUGAACUAAUCAUCAUGGAAAUGGCUCAAGAAAUCCAGGAUCGGACUGCUGUGGUUAGAGGCGCUCCGGUAGUAGAGCCAAAUAACAAGUUUUUCUGGUUUAAUCGACCCCAGUGGAUACUCGUCUUACUUCAUUAUACACUGUUUCAGAAUGCUUUCCAAAUGGCAUAUUUUCUGUGGGUAGUGUUCAAAUACACCAUCAGCUCUUGUUUCCAUGAGAAAUUGUAUUUUGUUUUAGGAAGGGUUAUGCUUGGCGUGGGUCUCCAGAUACUUUGCAGCUACAUUACCUUUCCUCUCUAUGCCUUGGUGACGCAAAUGGGGUCUCAUAUGAAAAAGUCAAUAUUCGAGGAGCAAACGGCCAAGGCUCUAAAGAACUGGCACAGGGCUGCAAAGAAGAGAAACAAGAAGAAAACAGCAGGAGGAGGGGCUGAUGGGUUUUCAGGGAUCGCGAGCGGGGAAACCACACCGAGCCAAGGUACAUCGCCCUUGCACUUGCUACACCAUCACGGACAGAGGUCCAGCCAAGCAGACUUGGAUAGCGUUCGUAAUUCCCCUGUUUCCUAUUCUUACCCGUCGGACACCGAUCCCUCCGAUAUCGAGGGUUCCGCCCAUGCUCGCCAAGCUCAAGAAACAAGAAAACUUGAACAUCAAGGGAAACCAACAGAUCAUAGCAUUGAUUUUACCUUCGUCAAGCCUUAAAAUAUUAAUUGGAGCUCAGA